UACGGUGUUUCAGUUCUGUCGCUGCUGUUGCCCAAUGCAGUCGCAUGCAAAAUCGCUCCCGGACCGUUUUCGUCUUCUGCCUCACUGUGUGGUAGUUGUUCGCACGCGCGCAUCGCAUUGUUUGUCGGUCGUUCACUUUUCCUCGCCCGGUCGGUGGUGCACAUUUGUGUCGCAGAGUCAGCAGUAAAUUGAAAUGAGCGAGAUGAUGAAUACUGUUCAGUUUCGAUUCCCGCCGGGAAAUUUUGUGAAACAAUUGGAUACGGAUUUGCUUCUAAUGGAAGCAGCUUAUAAGACCGCACGUGAUCGUUCGCUCUUCAUUAAGUUUGUUUCCCCGGACGCAAUGAAGCAAUCGUUGGAAAAAAAUGUGGAGCCACGAGCAUUCGUGUAUACUAGUGGCAAGUCGGUUGACGUUCGGAUGCUACCCGCGGGUGUCGAUAUGCGGUACGUCGGCGUAUUUGACCUGCCGCCAGAAAUAACCGAUGAAAGUUUAGCCACGGUACUUCAAGAAUUCGGCAAAAUAGAACGUGUGGUCAGGGAAAAGUUUCCUGCGGAAUUAGGUCUUGACCAUCUUUCCACUGGUGUGCGAGGUAUUCAUUCGUCAAUUGAUGUUCUCGGUUGGAAAGGAAACGUGUUCUACGAUGGCCUAAGAGACACUUGUUUCUUAUGCCACGCGCUAGGAUAUCGGAAAGAUUCGUGUCCCCAGAAGAAGUCGCGGAAUGUAGAGGAAAAGAAAAAAGGAAACACACCUUCGUAUGCUGGAAUUGUGGCUGGUACCGAGAUAGAACCGGUGGUGGAACAGGAAUCGGUAGAAAGUUCAGGAGACGAAAUCAUAGAAGUUCUGGAGGAAAGUUUCGACCACCCGACGGAGGCGACUGGCUCGGGUGAGACUCCCGCUGGCUGCGACCAAGUGGACCAUACGGAUAGGAACAAACAGCAAAAGAAAAGCGUGCCGACACUGGAAGAAGUGGGUCAAGCGAUUCUGGAAGCUUUAGGAGGACCCCAGGCGAAGCAGCGACGAGCUCAAUAUGCGGCUUCAGGAUCGGGCUCAAGCUCCGGCUCCGGCUCCGGCUCUGGUAGGGCCCCGAGGAAAAAAUGUGCACGACAAAUGUUUUAUUAAAAUUCGUAUUCCUUUUUCCUAAACAUAUUUUGUUCAGACCCUC